AGAGGGAGGCCAAGGUUAAAGCUUUUUUCCCAGAUGAAGCUUUUUAAUUUAUCUUAAAAGCGUAUUUGUUUUCUUAAAAAUUAAGAUUAAAAACAAAAUCAUGUGAUUAAUUUAUUUCUUUUCAAACAUCAAUUACUAAUUUCAUAACGGGAAGAAUAUAAAUAAUUUCUUCUUCACCACCGAUAAAAGAUAAUAUAAAAUUAUCUUCAUUAUUAGGAUUUUCAUAUUUAAGGUGAUCAUCCUAAACUAAAAUGUCAGAUGGUGAAUCAUCUCCAUCUCCUGAUCAAUCUCCAUCUAAAGAAUCACCUCCAUCACCACCACCUCCUUCAGAGACUCCCCCUUCAUCACCACCUCCAUCGCCACCCGAAAGCGAUACUCCACCUGCAACACCACCAGCAUCACCCUCACCCCCGCCUCCUAGCGAGGGUGGAGUGAAUAACAACCAACCCCCACCGUCACCGAAUCUAUCUCCACCCAUUGGAGGAGCUACUGGUGGUGGCGGUGAGUCAACACCUUUGCCACCUCAAAAUCCGGUAGCCCCACCGGCACCGCCGGGUUUGUCUACUCAACAACCUUCUCCUCCCACUUUAAACACAUAUAGUCAUAAUAGUUCAAAAUCCACAAAUUCUGCUAUCAUUGCCGGAGUUGCGGCAGCCGGUGGUAUUAUUCUCAUGGUAUUGCUUAUUUGUAUAUUUUGCCUUAGAAAGAAGAAGAGAAAAUAUGGAGCUACGCCUCCUUAUGGUUGGGAUGCUCCUCCCAAACCCCAAGGCAAGCAACAAAAUUGGCAAUCAUCAAGCCAAGAUCAUGUAGUGAAGAUCGGGAUGCCACCACCAUCCGGAGGUACUUGGGGACAAGCAAUAGGUAGUAACGGAGACAGCGAGCAAUAUUCGACUCAAAAUACAAUGUCAAUGGCAGCAUCAUCUCCUAGUCUAAGCUUAGGUUUCAAUAAGAGCACAUUCACGUACGAUGAAUUAGCUGCCGCGACAAAUGGGUUCGAUAAAUCAUAUAUGUUGGGGCAAGGUGGUUUUGGGUAUGUUUACAAGGGUAUUUUACCAAAUGGAAAAGAAAUUGCUGUUAAAAGCCUUAAAACUGGUAGUGGACAGGGCGAAAGAGAAUUUCAAGCUGAAGUUGAGAUUAUUAGUCGUGUUCAUCAUCGUCAUCUUGUGUCUUUGGUUGGUUAUUGUAUUUCUGGUGGUCAACGGAUGUUGGUUUAUGACUUUGUUCCUAAUGACACUUUGGAAUACCAUCUCCAUAAAAAGGGUGAAUUGGAUUUCCCAACUAGACUUCGAAUUGCACUUGGAUCAGCUAAAGGACUUGCUUAUCUUCAUGAAGAUUGUCAUCCAAGAAUCAUCCAUCGUGAUAUUAAAGCUUCUAACAUUUUAUUGGAUGAAAAUUACGAGGCUAUGGUUGCUGAUUUUGGACUAGCAAAGCUCACUACUGACACAAAUACUCACGUCUCCACUCGUGUAAUGGGUACUUUUGGGUAUUUAGCUCCAGAAUAUGCUUCAAGUGGAAAACUUACUGAAAAGUCUGACGUUUUUUCAUUUGGAGUCAUGUUGCUAGAAGUUAUAACUGGACGUCGACCUGUUGAUCCCAAUAUGACAUACAUGGAAGAUAGCUUAGUCGAUUGGUUGAGGCCACUCUUGGCAAAAUCGCUUGAAACCGGAAACUACCAUGAAUUUGUUGAUCCGCGCUUAGAAGGAAAUUAUGACCCCCAUUUGAUGAAACGUAUGGUGGCUUGUGCUGCUGCAUCCAUUCGUCAUUCCGGUAAAAGGCGUCCCAAAAUGAGCCAGAUUGUCCGAGCUUUGGAAGGAGAUUCCUCACUAGAAGACUUAAAUUAUGAAGGUGGAAAGCAAGGGCACGGUUCCAUAUUUAUCUCAUCCGAAGGCGGAUCUGACUAUGAUAGUCGAGCGUAUAGUGCAGAUUUAAAGAAAUUCAGGCAAAUGGCAUUUUCAACACAAGAUUUUGCAACCACUAGCGAGUAAUAAUAAGGAUUAACCCAUCUAAUGGCCCAAAGUGAGAGUUCAAAGGAGAUGAUGAACAUGGAUUACUAAAUUUUAACCUACGAUAGUCAGUUUUUUGAUUGCUUAUGCUGUGUUCUGUCAUUCUGAAUUUGCAUCAUACAAUUCAAAUCCUUUAAACUUGCACCAUAUGAUUUAAAAUAUGUGCAUCAUAUGACUCAAAUAUGUGAGAGUUUUUUGGGUUAUAUGGUGUAAACUCAAAAGGACGAAAGAAAUUUCGUAUAAAAAAACAUGGCAUGAAAGAGAGGCUACCUUAUACUCUAUCAAAUCCCAAAGAAAAAUUUUCAAAUGUUUUGAUCGAAUUCUAAUUACUAGGAAAAGAAUUAUGUGUUUUAGUUCAUGCAUGUAAGUUUUAUGGAAAUUCUCUUUUAAGGCAUAAGAUGCAUGUACUUUACAUUGGAGUAUAAGAGAUAAAUAGUACUUUCAAUUGUAUACACUUGCAAGUGGACAUGUUAUAUUGUACUUACAUAUUUUAUGGAAAGGUCUACUAGCUAG